AUGGCUACUAACAGUAUCAAGUUGCUGACUGGCAACAGCUAUCCCGAGCUUGCCCGCCUUGUGGCCGAUCGACUAGGCAUAGAACUCACCAAAAUUCUCGUACUUCAAUACUCGAACCAGGAGACUUCCGUGACCAUUGGCGAAUCUGUGAGAGAUGAAGAUGUCUUCAUCUUGCAAUCCACGCCACCAGGCGAUAUCAACGAUGCUCUGAUGGAACUGCUCAUCAUGAUCAACGCCUGCAAGACGGCAUCUGCCCGCCGCAUUACGGCAGUGAUUCCAAAUUUCCCAUAUGCUCGUCAGGACAAGAAAGACAAGUCUCGAGCACCAAUCACAGCAAAGCUCAUGGCGAACAUGCUUCAGACCGCCGGCUGCAAUCAUGUCAUCACAAUGGACCUCCAUGCUAGCCAAAUUCAAGGCUUUUUCAACGUCCCUGUUGACAACCUGUACGCCGAGCCGAGCACGCUCCGCUGGAUCCGCGAGAACCUAGACGUCAAGGACUGUGUCAUUGUCAGUCCAGAUGCAGGCGGCGCAAAGAGGGCAACUUCGAUAGCAGACGGCUUAAAUCUUGGAUUUGCUCUCAUCCACAAGGAGCGAACUCGCCCCAACGAAGUUUCACGAAUGGUGCUGGUCGGAGAUGUACGCGGCAAGACGGCAAUUUUAGUCGAUGACAUGGCCGACACUUGUGGCACACUUGUCAAAGCAGCAGACGUGCUGAUUUCCGAGGGCGCCAAAGACGCGCUUGCCAUUGUCACACAUGGUAUCCUCAGUGGAAAUGCCAUUGAGGCCCUCAAUGGCAGCAAGCUCAAGAAGAUUGUUGUCACCAACACUGUUCCCCACGAAGACAAGAAAGAACUUUGCGACCGCAUUGAAACCAUUGAUAUCAGUCCGACUCUUGCCGAGGCUUGCAGACGUACCCACAAUGGAGAGAGUGUUAGCUUCCUCUUCAAGCACGCUCCUGUCGACUAGAACAAAGACGACGACUGAUUCAACAGUAGUCAGUCAACACAAGGAUCUCGGCGUUCAUGGCGGGUUUGGCGUUAGGGGUCACCAUGACGACUUUGCUCUUUCUUCCUAAUGACAUAUUACGAGCACUACGAUGAUCUGCCGAUCGCAGGCCAGGAUCCCGUAACUAGUGGUCCAGUUACUGCUACAUCACGUGGUGUCGCACCUCCUUUGCAUUAGUGAAAUCAUAUGCAGGCUAAUUGUAGUUAUAUUUUGCUCGCUAAAACACGUGGCAGGUGCUCAAAACAAUUCCGCUGUCAACCCGGUUUGACAUGUUGGCUGAGGACGACGCCACACUGGGGCACUCGCUGCGUUCGCUGCGCCAUGUGAUGCGAGCUAAUGAAGCUAGUGCAAUUUUAGCCUGCAUCAGUG